AUGCAUACAUCGCAACAACAAAUAGCAAAAAAUCAACAUGUUCCCAAGCGGGCCUCCUGCCGUCUGACCGACGCGACGAACACCCUCCAUCCCCCUGCACAUCCUUUGGCCCACCCAGCCGUCGUCUUUCAAUGCGUUGGCGCCUUACAUCGCCUUCUCAGUGUCCCAAUCGCUCAAACCUUUGCCCUUGGGCACCGCCUGAUUGGCAAGCUCUUCCUCGUUUCAACUGCGCUGAUAUCCAGUUGGCACCGGACCAGCGUCUGA